AUGUUCUCUAUAGCAUCAGCACACUACAAGGGAUGCCCAUCACUCAACGACGUAUUACACAGAGGACCAGUAAUCCUCUCACAAUUGUUUGGAAUCCUCCUUCGCUUCAGAAUAGGACGAAUCGCGAUUACAUCAGACGUUGAGAAGACCUUUGUUCAAGUCCGACUCCAUGAGGAUGAUCGCGAUGCCACACGAUGCCUUUGGCUACAUGAUUACAGGCUACCACCAUUUCCGAACAACAUUAAAACCUUACGAUUCACCAGAGUUAUUUUCGGAUUAAAUACAUCACCAUUUCUUUUGGCCGGAACAAUACAUUUUCAUCUUGAUCAAUAUAAAGAAGAAGCAGAAUUAGUAACGCAACUUAAAGACAACUUAUACGUGGACAACCUUGUCGUAACCCUCGAUGACCCCGAAGAAGCAUUUCAGAGCUACCUACGCACAAAACAAAUAUUCAAUGACCUCAACAUGAAUUUACGCAGAUUCGCUUCCAAUAAUAUUGACCUAAUGGCAAAAAUACCCUCUGAUGAUAAAGCGGACACCCAAUUAGCGAAAGUAGUGAGAAUACCGUGGAACACCGACUCCGACUGUCUGCUGAUAACGUGCAUGACAAGAGCAAAUCAACGUAUCACCAAGCGAACGGUAGCUAGCACAUUAGCUUCGGUAUACGACCCUAUGGGCUUUCUAUCACCUUUACUCCAUAAAACAAAGGUAUUCCUACGCAGCCUAUGGAAAGACGAGUACAACUGGGACCAUAUUCUACCAGAUGCCCGCAAGAACGAAUGGUUAGCCAUAUGCACGGAAAUGCAAGGUUUCACGAAGCCUCUACCACGUUGUCUUGGAACAAAAAAUACAAAAUACAUUUUGUUCGCACUUUUUCUGAGCAAACGCGAGGUGUUAUUAUUCUUUGUUCACGAUUAA